AUGGAAAAUCAAUUAGUAGUUUUAGAAGAAAAAGUUAUCCAAAAGAUGAUGGAUAUGGGUAACGAAAGGUUAUCAAAACAAGAUGAUAACUUAAUGGCAGAUUUUAUGAAGAUUGUUCAAAAAUUGAUGGAAGAAAACUACAUGCAAAGUAAAGUUAUUGAAAAAAUUAACAAGGAAUUGAUAAUUGAAAAGAAAGACAAAGAGGAAUUAGUAAAGACAAAUAAGGAACUAGCUUAUAGAGUUGCUACUGAUGGAGAAUUAUGA